AUGAAUGUUCUAACCUUUUCUCCACCUGUUACGCGAAGCUCAUUGUCGAUUCCUGAUGACCUCGUUCUCGAGAUAUUCUCGAGGUUGCCGUUAAAGGCGAUAACGAGAUGUCGUUGCGUAUCCAAGCUCUUGGAGUCCAUGCUUCGCAGUCAAUAUUUCACAGAGUCGUUCUUGAUCAAAUCUUUUGCUCGUCCUCAGCUUCUAUUCGCAUGCAAAGAUGACAGUAAGCUUUUCUUCUUCUCAUCACCUCAGCCUGAAAAUCCUGAAGAGAACUCGUAUGUUGUGGCCGCCAAUCAUCUUGAACGUUUCCCAUGUUCCGAUAGAUUCUCUGCUCCUACCAGUGGCUUUUUCUCGUGUUAUGGAUUUAGCCUGAUCAUGAAUUGUGAACUUGAGAAUGUGAUAUGUAACCCUAGCACGGGACAGUCCUUGACCUUACCACCAAUAUUGAAGUCGAGGAAAGGGUUUGGAGUAGAAAGCUAUCUUGGAUAUGAACCCAUUGCCAAAGAGUUCAAGGUAUUAUCAAUGGAACUUUGGUCUGAAAGUGGUGAGUGGAUCUCUGCGAAGCACCAAGUUCUGACAUUAGGAACCAAGAAUUUGUCAUGGAGGAUGGUCAAAUGUUGCAUACCACAUAAUUGUUCUGAUAAGUGGAUAUGCAUCAGUGGUGUUAUUUACUACGAAGCUCCAGACAACUGGCCUUCCAUGCGUUCCAUGGUAGUUUGUUUUGAUUUGAGGUCUGAGAAGUUCAGCUUUGUGAAUUUCAUGGAAACUUCCAGUAAAGAAAUGCCUGUUUCAACAACUCUGAUAAACUACAAUGACAAACUAGGUUUGCUUAUGUCGGGAGAUUCUGAUGAUAAUAGUGGUUAUGGUUGUAUUUGUGGAGAAAGUAAAAGUCUUGAGCUGUGGGUUCUACAGGAUGCUGGAAAAAAUGAGUGGUCCAAGCAUGUAUACGUAUUACCACCACCUUGGGAGGAUGUAGUUUCAGAGGACAUGCACAUUGCUGGAAUGGUUGGUGUUAAUGAAAUCGUAUUGACCCCCUGGUACAAAUCCGUGCCUCCCUAUGUCAUCUACUUCAACGUUGAGAGAAAGACCAUCACAAAAGUUGGAAUUCGAGGAAUGGAAGCGUUUCGGGGUAAGAGAUUUUACACCUUUCUCAACUAUGUUGAGAAUGUGAAGCUUCUUUAA